AUGCUGAACUCAAAGGAAUAUACUGUUUUCCUUGUUGAUUUGUCCCCUUCUAUGGGAUUGAAACAUCAGAGAAGGUCAAUUACUGAUUUGGAUUAUGGAUUGGAAUACUUGAAAAGUGAUAGGAUCGCCUUGGCUCUUCAUAACCUGUCGACGGGAGAUGAUUUUGAAUUAUUAUAUGAUGACAGUCAAUUCACAUACGAAACAUUACGUGAUUAUUCAAAGAAUUUGAAAGUGAGUAGAAAUAUCAUUGAAAAUAAUGAUUUGAUAAGUUCUACGUUUAAAGCUUUGGAUCAAUUCAAAGAAAAGAUCCAUCUAAAAUUUAAUCGUCAGUUGAUCAUCAUUACGAAUUUGGAUUCAUCUUCGUUAAAUUCAAUGGAACUGGCAGAGGAAUAUGCUAGCAUGGUGGCUACCUACAAUAUUAAGAUAGUGAUGAGUGGAAUUGACUAUGAUCAACGUUUUGAAAAGUCAUCAAUAAAGAACAAAAAUGAAAAUGAUUGGAGAAUAUUACAGCAAAGAAUCCCAAACUUAACUAUCAGAGAUACAUCUUUAUUCAGCAUCAAAUCAUCAAACAAACGAAUAGCCCCACGUUCAAGUUUUGCAGGCGAGCUUAAAUUUGCGGCUGAGAUUCAAGAUCCUUCUGGUGAGGAUGAAACAGCUAACUUGCAUGGUUUAAAUAUAAGAGUGCAGGCUUUCCCAGCUGUGCGACCAGAGACCGUGUUAAAUGGUCAUGACUACAUAGUUGAAGAUGACCAAAAUCGUAUAUCUAUGGUUAAAAGAAAUACUAAAUACUUUAUCAAAAAAUAUACUGGAAGUAAAGAAGAUGAGGAAGGUGAAGAAAUUGAUAUGGAUGAAAACGAAAGUAAUUUAUAUGAAAAGGUUGAGAUUGGUGAUCUGCAUGUUCCUGGAUUUAAAUUCUCCCAACGUGAUAUCAUAGUACUUAAUAAUGAUUUGAAGGAAUUGACAAGAUUGAUUUCCGAUGCUUCAAUUGAUAUAAUUGGUUUUAUUAGAGUCAAGAACUUUCCCAUAGCAUAUUUCACCGACGAAUCAUCAUACGUUAUCCCUCCAAGUGACUCAUCAUACCUGAAUGUGGUUGCAUUUAACUCACUUGUAAAGAGUCUAAUUGACUUGAAGUCUCUAGCAAUAGCUAGAUGUGUAUUUGUUAGUGGAAAAGAAAUCUCAAUUUGUGCUCUUAUGCCGAGAGUUAUUGAUAUAUCAAGUUCAGAAAGCAUUUAUCUGCUCAUUGCAACGCGGAUCGCCUUUAAAGAAGAUGAGAAAAAGGGUCGUUUUCCUUCUUUGACUGAAAUUGAAAAAUCAGAUUUGUUUGAUUCUAAGGAUGCUUCAAAUGAUUCUAAUACUUUACCAUCAGAUGAUAUAAAUAAAGAAAUGGAAAGUUUUAUAAAGGCUAACUCAUUUAAGGAGGAAGGUGAAAGUGAUACGAAUCGAAUUCACAAUAAAAAGGUAUCGAAUUUGGAUGAACUAAAUAAUGAGAAACUUAAUACUUCUUCCAAAUUAUUAAUAGAGUCACCUGCUAUUGAUAAGUAUAUGUAUUAUUUGAGGAGAAUUAUUACCGGCUCUUUAAGUGAACCUUCACUUAACGAAUAUUUGAGCAAGGAAGAUUUCGUUCAGAAGCAUAUGGUACAGGGUCAUGUUAAAAAUGUCUUUAAUUACAAGAAAUUUAUUAAAGAAAAUGCAUUAAGUUUACAAUCACCAUUUGAUAUUCUUUAA